AUGAUCGAGGACCACGCCGAGUACGGGCACAACCACUACCCCCAGAAGCUGGCUAGCUCUACCCUCACCCUGCCGCAGCAGGGGGCGAAGCAGCAGCAGUGGAGCCCCUACCAGGACAAUGGCGGCACGACGGCUGCUAUCGCUGGCAAAGGCUUCGUCAUCCUCGCUGGUGACACUCGCCUGAACGGCGACUACUGCCUUCACUGCCGACAUGAUCAGAGCAAGAUCUUCCAGCUGACGCCUUACACGUACAUGGCGAGCAACGGCAUGCAGGCCGACCGGGUGCAGCUCCAGCAGAUGCUCAAGUACCGCGUCAAGUGGUACCAGUACAACAACGGCGGUAAGGUGCCGCCGACCAAGGCGAUUGCACAACUCAUGUCCACGAUGCUGUACCACCGUCGCUUCUUCCCGUACUACACGUUCAAUAUGAUCGUUGGUCUGGAUGAGGAGGGGAACGGCGUGUGCUACAGCUACGACGCCGUCGGCUCAACGGAGCCCUUCCUGUACGGCACCCGGGGUAGCGCGGCCAGCUUCUUGGAGCCGGUGCUCGACUGCCUCAUCAACCGCCAACAUAUGACCGCCCAGGCGCCGCCGGAGAUGACGAAGGAGGAGACGCUGGCGAUGCUGAAGAACGCCUUCACCGGCGCAGCCGAGCGCGACAUUUACACGGGCGACUCUGUCUCCUUCUUCAUCAUCACGAAGGACGGCGUGCAGCGGGAGAGCUUCGAGCUGCGCAAGGACUGA